GCCAGCUGCACCUUCGCGAGUUACCGGCGAGUGGAGUGUGUGUUGAUGUUGUAAACCGGUAACGGGGCGUCCCGUGGAGGGCUUACCAUUGCAACAGGAGUGUAUAAAAGAAAUUGAGAUGACACGCCGUUGAACACGCCGAAAAGAUGCGGUGCUUGAGUUUGCUUCUGUUCAUAAAGGUGGCUAGUGAUGCAGCGACUGACCUUUACGUGACAGGAGCGUCGCUCGCGCCAGAGCCAGGGGUAAGCGCCGCACCUGCCGUCACAUCCCCCGUCGCCUCCCGCUAUACUCCAGCCCGGGAAGAGUACGGGCAUCCCGGGAUUGCGCUCGCCCGGUCUGCGGAGGAGCCGUCGGCGCCGAGCACGGAGGACGGAGAGUCGUCUCAGCACCACGGAGGAGGGUACAAUAUAGUGCAGUGGGAAUGGAGCUACGUGCAGACACCUUACAUUAUAGCCAGCUGGCUUUUGGUGGCCAGUGUGGCAAAAAUACUAUUCCACUUCUCUCAGCGUUUUACCACAGCGGUCCCAGAGAGCUGUAUGCUGAUUCUGCUGGGUCUGGUUCUGGGUGGAGUGGUUCUUAUCGCCAGCAAAAAGCAGCCGUACCAACUGGACCCAGGGCUAUUUUUCCUCUUUCUUCUGCCAACUAUAGUGGGGGAUGCUGGGUAUUUCAUGCCAGCACGGCUCUUCUUCGACAACCUGGGUGCCAUUUUGAUGUACGCUGUAGUAGGCACAUUGUGGAAUGCCUUCUGCACUGGAUUCUGUCUAUACGGAGUCAAGAUGGCAGGGGCCAUAGAUGAAAAAGUAGAUGCAGGUUUGAUGGAGUUCUUGUUGUUUGGAGCUCUGAUCUCGGCUGUGGAUCCGGUAGCAGUGAUCGCUGUUUUUGAAGAAGUCCAUGUGAAUGAGACACUCUUCAUCAUUGUCUUUGGCGAGUCACUGCUCAAUGAUGCUGUCACUGUGGUCUUAUAUAAAGUGUAUAUAUCCUUUGUGGAAGUGGGACCAGGGAAUGUUUACACCGCAGACUAUUUUAAAGGAAUUGUCUCCUUCCUCAUUGUCAGCAUUGGAGGGACUUUGGUUGGUCUCAUCUUUGCUGUUAUUCUGGCCUUUGUCACUCGUUUCACAAAGAAGGUGCGCAUCAUAGAGCCGCUGUUCAUCUUCCUGUUGGUUUACCUGGCCUACCUGACGGCAGAACUCUUCUCUCUGUCUGCCAUACUUUCGAUGACUUUCUGUGGCAUUGGCUGCAACAAGUAUGUGGAAGCCAAUAUAUCCCAGAAGUCCCGGACCACCGUGAAGUACACCAUGAAAACCCUGGCCAGCAUUGCAGAGACAAUCAUCUUCAUCUUUUUGGGUAUCUCAGCUGUGGACAAAUCCAAAUGGGCCUGGGACACUGGCCUUGUUGUCAGCACACUCAUAUUUAUCUUAGUCUUCAGGGCCAUAGGUGUAGUAGGACAGACUUGGUUCCUGAACUGGUUUAGACUGGUUCCGCUUGACAAGAUUGAUCAAGUGGUGAUGUCAUAUGGCGGUCUCAGAGGAGCUGUGGCCUUUGCUCUGGUGGUUCUUUUAGACAAAAAACAUGUGAAGGCUAAAGACUACUUUGUGGCAACAACCAUAGUUGUGGUUUUCUUCACAGUCAUGUUUCAGGGUUUAACCAUCAAGCCUUUAGUGAAAUGGUUGAAAGUCCCACGCAGCACAAACAGAAAACCUACCAUCAACGAAGAGAUCCAUGAGCGUGCCUUUGACCACAUUCUGACAGCUGUGGAGGACAUUGCUGGUCUGAAUGGCUACCAUCACUGGAGAGACAAGUGGGAGCAAUUUGACAAGAACUAUUUGAGUAAGUUGCUGUUGAGAAAGUCUGUGUACCAUAAGAGUGAACUGUGGGAGGCCUAUCAGAAAAUCAACAUCAGAGAUGCCAUCAGUGUCAUUGAUCAGGGUGGGAAUGUGUUGACUUCUGCUAGACUCUCUCUGCCUUCCAUGGCCAGCAGAACCUCUUUCCCAGAGGUCACAAAUGUUACCAACUACCUGAGAGAGAACGGCAGUGGGGUGUGUCUAGACCUCCAGGUGAUUGACACAGUGCCAGGAGCCAAGAUAGAGGAAGAGCUAGAGACACAUCAUGUGCUUGCUGGAAACCUCUACAAACCCAGGAGACGGUACCAGUCCCACUACAGUCGCCACUUCAUGACAGUGGGUGAAAAAGAGAGACAGGAUAGGGAGGUGUUCCAGAGGAAUAUGCGCAACCGUCUGGAGUCCUUUAAAUCCACUCGCUACAAGCGUCACAAGAAAGACCGCAGUCAGAAAAAGCGGAAAGGGUCAGAUGCAAAAGAGCAAGACGCCAAUGAAAAACCCAGACGAAAUGUCAGCUGGCAGGACAAAGACCCAGUUGUGGUUCCAAUGGCACCUGAGGAGGAUAUACAUGAUCCUUCUGAACCAGAUAAAGAUGAUGAUGUGGGCAUCACUUUUGUGGCUCGCAAAGCCCCAGAAACACCAAAGGAGAGACCAAAAUCAGUACCAGCUGCCCUGGAUGUUUGUCAGAGCCCGGUUGCCGCCCCUCCCUCACUGACAUGUGGAGAGAAAACCCUGCCAUGGAAAAAUGGUGUGGGUUCUCUCCCUCCCUGUGUGUCUGUGGAGGCCACUAAAAUUAUCCCAAUAGACCUGCAGCAGGCUUGGAACCAGAGCAUCUCCUCUCUGGAGAGCCUGGCUUCUCCUCCAGAGCCCCUGCAUCCACGUAUUAGCGCCCUCUCGAGGCUGGGAGGACCCCUGCGGACCCCUGCGAAGGGAAAAAGUGGUGGUGGAUCAGGAAGUAAUACAAGUUCCCCAAGUUCAGGGCCGUUCAAGUUCCCUGCAGGGAAGGAUGAAGAGGAGGAAGGCGCCCUCUCUCAGCAACAGCAAGAAAUGCAGCCGCUAAUGAUGUCUUUGAGGCCACCGCCGCCACCUCCUCCGCCACCUGCUGCGCAGUCCGCCGGAAAGAGAAGGAAUCCCUGUGUAUAUCUUAGGAGUCUGGUGACAGUGCCAUCUUCUGGUGGGGAGCCACAAAGCAGGAAGCCAACCCAACUGUAGAAUCACUUCCUUUAAUCAUCUUACUGCUGGCAUUUACUUCCUCGGGCCAGAGUUUAUUUUUAAGUCAGUAAAUUCAU